UUGCCGCGGUGGCUGCCGGGAUGCGCCGCAGCGAAUGGUCGCGCCGGGCGCCGCUCUGAGUGACCUUUCACCCGCGCCCAGCGGUCCGGAGCGGCGGCACAAGGCGGAAGCCAUGGCGGAGGCGGCGGCUGCAGCGGGAGAGACGGGUGCGAGCUCCGGCUCUGCGGCGGAACGGGACCCGGACCGGGACCGCGCUGGGCGGCGGCUGCGCGUUCUCUCGGGCCAUCUGCUGGGCCGGCCCCGGGAGGCGCUGAGUACCAAUGAGUGCAAGGCGCGGAGAGCCGCGUCGGCCGCCACGGCGGCGCCCACGGCCACUCCCGCCGCGCCGGAGUCGGGCAUCAUCCCCAAGAAGCGGCAAGAAGUCAUGAAAUGGAAUGGAUGGGGAUAUAAUGAUUCCAAGUUCUUCUUAAAUAAAAAGGGCCAAGUUGAGUUGACUGGGAAAAGGUACCCUCUUAGUGGUGUAGCUUUACCAACUCUUAAAGAUUGGAUCCAAAAUACCUUUGGAACAACUCUGGACCAUAAAACUACCUCUAAAGCAUCCUUAAAUCCUAGUGAUACACCUCCUUCUAUUGUAAAUGAAGAUUUUCUUCGUGAACUUAAAGAAACCAAUAUUUCAUAUUCACAAGAGGCAGAUGAUCGAGUAUUUAGAGCUCAUGGUCAUUGUCUUCAUGAGAUAUUUUUGCUCAGGGAAGGAAUAUUUCAGCGAAUUCCAGAUAUAGUUUUAUGGCCAACAUGUCAUGAUGAUGUAGUUAAGAUUGUGAAUCUAGCAUGCAAAUACAACCUGUGUAUCAUACCAAUUGGUGGAGGAACAAGUGUGUCAUAUGGCCUAAUGUGCCCUGCAGAUGAGACAAGAACAAUAAUAUCUUUGGAUACUUCACAAAUGAAUCGAAUUCUCUGGGUCGAUGAGAACAAUCUGACAGCUCAUGUAGAGGCUGGUAUAACAGGACAAGAGUUGGAAAGACAGCUUAAAGAAAGUGGUUAUUGUACAGGUCAUGAACCAGAUUCCCUGGAAUUCAGCACGGUGGGAGGAUGGAUAUCUACUCGGGCAUCAGGCAUGAAGAAGAACAUCUAUGGCAAUAUUGAGGACCUGGUGGUUCAUAUGAAAGUAGUGACACCUAGAGGUGUGAUAGAAAAAAGUUGUCAAGGACCUCGCAUGUCAACAGGCCCUGAUAUCCAUCACUUCAUCAUGGGAUCUGAAGGAACUCUUGGUGUAAUAACAGAAGCUACAAUAAAAAUCAGACCAACCCCUGAAUACCAAAAGUAUGGCUCGGUAGCUUUCCCUAAUUUUGAACAAGGAGUAGCCUGUUUAAGAGAAAUUGCAAAACAGAGAUGUGCUCCUGCAUCUAUCAGACUCAUGGACAACAAGCAGUUUCAGUUCGGUCAUGCUCUUAAACCUCCAGUUUCCUCUAUUUUUACAUCAUUUUUAGAUGGACUGAAAAAGUUCUAUAUUACAAAGUUUAAGGGAUUUGAUCCAAAUCAGCUAAGUGUAGCCACAUUAUUGUUUGAGGGGGACCGUGAGAAGGUUCUUCAACAUGAAAAACAAGUGUAUGACAUUGCUGCAAAAUUUGGUGGAUUAGCAGCUGGGGAAGACAAUGGACAGAGAGGUUAUUUGCUGACCUAUGUCAUCGCAUACAUGCGAGACCUGGGUUUGGAGUACUAUAUAAUAGGAGAAUCUUUUGAGACUUCUGCUCCUUGGGACAGGGUUGUAGAUCUCUGUAGAAAUGUAAAAGAGAGGAUAAGAAGGGAAUGCAAAGAGAAGGGUGUUCAAUUUGCGCCUCUUUCUACAUGCAGGGUGACGCAGACUUACGAUGCAGGUGCAUGUAUCUACUUCUAUUUUGCCUUUAACUACAGGGGAAUUAGUGACCCACUGGCUGUGUUUGAGCAAACUGAGGCAGCUGCUAGAGAAGAAAUCCUUGCAAAUGGAGGGAGCCUGUCACAUCAUCAUGGAGUGGGCAAGUUACGGAAGCAAUGGCUAAAAGAAAGCAUCUCAGAUGUCGGCUUUGGGAUGCUGAAGUCUGUCAAGGAAUAUGUGGACCCCAGUAACAUCUUUGGAAACAGAAACCUUUUAUAAUCCAUUAGUAUCAUUAUGAAAAAUGUCACUUUUUCUUUUUAAGACUUCAACAAUGGUUAUACCAGUAAUCAAAUAUAUCAUAGACUAUAUUUUGACCCUUUUGUUUGUUGGUUUAAAAUAAGUUUGUUUUUAUUCUGUGGUUUGUUUUCUCAUCUGUGGAUUGACAAAUGGUAUUCCUAUGUCUCUCACUGUAGGUAUAUCAGUUUACAGCCAACGGUUGUCAUUUCAAAUGUUAGGUAGCACAAGUCUGCUGCUUAUUUCAGAGAAAGAUGCUGCCAGCUGUUUUAUAUUGAUGCUUCCUCUUGGAAACAGACUUUGGUAUUGUCUAUUGCUUAUCUAGCCUUUUUUAAAAAGACUAUUUCUGGGAAGCAGAUAGCUAGAGAAAGAGUCCACUGAGCAUGAUAUAUGUAUAUGUUUUCUAAGAGAUACUCUACUCUGAGUAGGCCACUACAGGAGGCUAUUCAUGAGAGAAUAUAAGCAGCUUGUUAUUAGGAUGCCUUUAGUUUGUAAGGUGCUUGGUCCACAGUCUUAACAUGAGUGCACAGUUAUAAAACCUUAAAUCACCAGUAUACAGUUACUCUGUGAGGGGACACAUUUUUGUUCUUCAUGUUUCUGUUUCUACUGAGGUAUGAGUUGUAUUUGUAUCCCUGAAGUAACCUAUUGUUACUAUAUCCUAGAUCAUUCAUAAUGUGUUCUGUAAGAAAAGCUGACACCACUCAUUGUAUGUGAAAGACGGGUUUACCAUAAAAUGAAUGUCUUUAUCCAGCCCAGAGUCCUAAUGUUUCUGCUGUUGGGUGCUCGUGACUGAGCUGCAGAAGAAGCUGCAGCAGGAUCAGAAGGAAGACUCCUGGCCCAGUGUCUCCAGCUGAAAGAAUUGUUUGGCUAAAAAACAGUCAUUGCUCAGCUAUUGAAUUUCAAAGCCUCAACAGUUUCAGUGGCAAUUAUUUUUUUAUUAACCCAGCAGCAUGAUAAAUUUUCAUAUAAAAGUAAAGUUUGAAUUUAGUUCCUAAUGGUUUAAUACCUUUUUUGAAUUACUGGUUUAACCUUGAUUUUAAAAGAAAUGUAUUAAUGCAUAUACCCUAAUCAAAAGUUUGAAAUAUCCUAUUUCUUAAAUAAUAAGGAAGGCAUUAAUCACAUUUAGAAAACAUUUUUACAUUCAAACCUGGCUAUUAAAAUUAGUGAGAUGAUUAGUUUAAAUUACUGUCUGUCAAGGUUCAUGAUUCACAUUUUGAGGAUGGAUUCUUUUCUUAAUAAAAUACCUAACUUUUGAUAAUUUUUUAAAAUUAAUAUUUAAUCAGAUAAUAUAAGUCAAAAUGCAGACGAUCCUUUAAAAGGAUGCACUGUCUGUGUAUGUAGCAACUGCUCCAAAGUAUUUUUGGGCAGUUUGAUACCUUUUAUAUCUGAAGUAGCCUUAACCAGAAAAGUGAAAAUUUAAAAAUGAUAAAAAGGUAUUUUUAAGAUUUCAAAAUAAUAAUUUUUAACUAUCAAAAUUGGCCUCAAACUAACAAGCUUAAAUCUAUAAGCAAAUCAGUAUACCAGUUUAACAACAAAAACUAAAUAUUUAUUUUUUAGAAGCUGCCUCUCUUCAUUGGUGAUUUAUUUUCAAUUAUAAAAUUUCCAGCAGAUCUUUCUUAAAGCCCUUGAGGAUUUGAUUGAAAUGGUUGGACACUUGAUGAGGAGAUUGGCUACAGAAUUAUAAAAUUAUCAGCUUUAUACACUGCAUCUAUUCAUGAAGGUGAUUUCUCUAAUCGGUGAUCAAAAUGUAAAAUUUAGUAAGGUACUAAUAUCUCACUGGAAGUGUAUACAUGUUUCUGAAUAAUUUUUUAAUAAAACAUUCAUAAGCAGAUUCAUUCCUUUGCAUGUGAUUGUUAUAACUUUCUUUCCCAGGGAGUUAGAUUACACCAACCUCAGAGAUCUGUACUUGAUAUUAGGAAUUUAUAAAUUUAACACUUGAAAUUAUUGUGCUCACUGUUCUACAUGAACCUUAUGGAAACUAGUGAUUUAUGGGUUUUUUCCUAUGUAUACAAGACUCCCCGACCUUGGUUUUAUAAUGGUGACUACAUUUUGUAGUUGGAAUCAUUUCUACAGGGAUCAUUUUGAAACUCAAGAACGUUCAUCAGUACUGUUUCCUUCUAAUUUAGUAAAGGAAAGCCUUCCCCCACUCUCACCCACCUGCUUCUGGGAGGUACCCUGGUACAGACUUAAUGUCUGUAGAGGAGUGAGUUCAUGAAUAUGCACAAAAAGCACUUAGACCAUUCCUCUCAUUCCUGAAGUAUCUGAAAAUGGCUUCAUAAGAGGCAAAGUUAGGAGAACAUUGCUUAUAUGCGGCUUAACUCAUUUUUAAUAAGUUUAUUUAAAAAUUUUAAGAGCCUGUAACCGAUUAGUUUUCAGUACUGGGUAGCACUGACUUCUCUUUCUUGAGUUGUCGUAUUUGUAAUAUUUUACUUAAAUGCAGCGAUGUCAUUUGGGCUGAGGCUUCAGUGGGAAUGGGAACUUGCAGCUGGUAGAAAUAGCAUUGAAUACUAAAGUAUAUGAACAGGCUUUAUUGAUCCUUAGAGAAACUGCUGCCUUAAUGUUCAGUGCGAUUUACAGUAGUGCAUAAGUAUUUAGUCUUAUGCUAGUAACUGAGCUUUUUUGUUUCAUAGGAAUUGUGGAAGACACAUGUUUAUUGUGCCCAGUAUUUUACCGGGGAAGAAGAUUGAAUUCUUUCCUCCUCUGAAAAAUAGGGAAUUUUCUUCCUAAAGUGCUUAUGUAUUAUAGCACUGUUACUCGGAAGUUAUUUAUGAAGCUGGAAGCCUUCUAGUGUACAUAGCUCUGUUGAGGUAUAUUUUGGAAAAUAAAAGUGCAAUAAAGGAUGAGCUGCCAUCAGAGUGUGUACUAUACCAGGUAAAGAUGGUUGCAAGGAAACCUUUUUUUCAGCAUAUUGUAUUAGCCAUUAAGUCUUAGAUUGCAUUUUUGAAAAUACUUUUUUGCAUGUUGGCCCCAGAGAGUUCCCCUUAUCAAUCUCUUUCACAGCUACAACUUCUUAACUGUAGCUGAUCAGAGACGUUUUGAAGUCCUCAGUGGAAGUGUGUUCCCUCGAGUCUUCAAAUGGGGCUGGAUUUGGUUGAACUUCUAUUUGGUAUCAAUAUCAGAACAUAGUAGUGCUUCAGGCAGCCAAAGGGAGUGCUGUGGAAAGCGUAUCUACAUUUCAGCAAACACUGAGACAGAAGUUAAUGGCAGCUUUAGUAGCUUUUUGUUUACCACUUACUCUUUAGCAAGUUUGAUUUUAAUCAGGGGUUAGCUCAUGGUAGGAGAAAAGCAGAAAGUAUUAUAAGUGCUAGGUUAGGAAUGAAGAACUUUGAGUGUUCCUACUUUGGCCUUAGUAGUUGUAAAGCUUGGUUUUUUGCUUGAGGCUUUAUGUUCCCAAAUGAGCCAUAUGUCACAUAUUCACUUAAUUCUUUCUAAUUUCACUUUCCUGCAGAGGGGAAGAGGGACGUUGAUACUGAAAUCUAGACUGUGUAAGAAGUUUACUUAAACUGUUGAAAUAGUGUCUGAUAUGAAGGGUAUAAGUUACUCAGAUUUCUGUUCCCAAAGCCAAAUAGUGUUUGUCUUUAGUAUGAAAUUUAACUGUAAAACCUGCUUGUAUAAAUGUCAAGAGAUUAUAGAUACAUAUUAUUAAUAAAAUGGACCUGGACCUAAGAAUUUUUUUUUCUUUAAAGGGAGUGUGAAGCUGUUUUUUUUCUUGUUUGUAUAUUGGCCUUUCUUUCAACCUUAGUUUUGCAUCUUCAUAUUUCCACUGAUUUGCAAAACAGGAAAUUGAUUUUUUUAAAUGUUAUUAAUAUAGUAUAAUCAAGUACAAUCUGUGACCAAAUCCCUUGGGAUCUGUAGCUGAGUAUAUCAUUAGCUACCUAGGUCGUGUCCAACUCUACAUUUUUUAUCAAUGUUAAAUUCCUAGGUGCUUAGUCUUCCAUGAUCUGAAGCAUAUCCCUUUUAAAGCUGGGAAGUUCCUCAAAGAAUGAGCGGCCUCGUGCUUUUCUAACCACAGCAGUUAAUUCCUUGGCAAAGGAGGGAAGGACCGUGGAUAUAUACCACACUCAAGCCAAAGAACCAUGACAGAAUUCAGUAACUUUAGUUCUUUGCACAUGAGAAGAUUUCUCUUUUGGUUCCCAAAGGAAAUUAGUUUAUAUUUUUUCACAAGACAAAAAUAAUACAUUGAAUAUUGCUAAGUACAUUUUUUAGAUACUCUGAAUUCUCAUUCUGAGAGAGAAGAAGAAAAAAAAAUUAGUAUAAUUUCUGAGCAACAUAUACACGUGUUUUUAAGACGUAUUGUUAGUAGUGUUUCUCAUGAACACCACAGGGCCCUAUGAGACAUACUUUAAUUCGUAAAUUAACCUUAUUUGAAUAUUUAAAAGGGCAUGAAAUGCUUGUACUGGUAUGGUUCCUGUAAGUAAUUAUUUAUUGACCUACUUCAACAGUAUCCCCCAAAGCUCACAGUGCCUUCUUGAGAUUCCUCCCGCCCCCAUGAAAUAGCCAUUUGAAAUGAGUGGGAGAGGGUAGGUCUUUAAAGACAGGUUGUUUUGCAGUUCAAGGCUCUUCCUCUUCAGGAAUGUCAGGAAUUCAGUAGUUGUAUGUAGAAAUACUGAGAAUCCUUUCCACAGGGUCGGUUUGGAUCACCUAGUGUAUUUAGUUGAGUGCAUGGUGGACCUGUACUCUCACAUACAUCUCAUCAGUCAGUGGGAUUUGUAUCCACUUUCAUUCCUACAUUUUCACCCUUACUAUCCAACAUCGUGGCCUCACAGUGUGGCGUGGCAGAUGUGGCAUCCUCACAGAGCCUGGACACAUUCCCGGCAUGCUUUUGGUGUUUGCUCACGCAGCCCCCUAGGAGCAGGGCCUCGAAGGGGGGUUUCUGUUCCUCGCGUGUGGUCAGUCCUUCUUUUGUGUGAUGGUGCCUUCAGGAAACACAUUUCUGUUCCUCAGUGAUAAAUCUUACAAAAAAUAUGUGUAAGUUACAUCAUUUUUGUCUUUCUAAUUUUUUUGCUAAGCCUGUGAAAUACUUUGGCUCUGAUACAACUUGAAUAGUAUCUUCUCUUGAGUCUUCCUCCAAGGCAGUGUGUAUUCCUGCCAGUACUGUAGUAAUCUUCCGGGGACUACAUGUGGAUGAGCACUUGUAUGUAAGCCAUUCUACUACUGUAACGAAUGCAUACGAACAAUUCUCUAUACAUAUAGUCUAAAAGUGGAUAUGUAGGGGGAAGGAAAAUACCUGAGAAUUUCAGCAUAGCUUUGUCAAUUCAAACUGAGCCAUACUGCUUUCCACAAGGGCUCAAACUCAUAGUCUGUAUACUGUGCUUUGAGUGUACGUUUGAAUUCUCCUUUUACUGGUUUUCUUAGAUGUACUGUUCUAUAAGUAAAUGCCCGUGUGUAAUUUUUUAAAAGAUGUGCUGGGAACAAAUAAACAAUACCAAAAUGCUCA